UUUCACUACUUCAGUCUUCCACACUACUGAGAGAGAGAGAGAGAGAGAGAGAGAGAGAGAGAGAUUAUAUUAUAAAAAGGGUGAUAGGAUGUGGGGGUUUUGCUUCUCUUGAGGAUAGGUAAAGAAUAUUGGAAGAGGAGAGAAAAAGGUAAUUAAGGAAAACAUUUGAGAGAAAUAUGGAAGAACAUCUGAACCCCUUAGCUGUGACUCAUCUGCUUCAACACACCCUGAGAAGCUUGUGCAUUCAUGAAAACUCUCAGUGGAUUUAUGCAGUCUUCUGGAGGAUCCUUCCUAGAAACUAUCCACCACCCAAAUGGGAAGGUCAUGGAGCUUAUGAUAGGUCAAGAGGAAACAGAAGGAACUGGAUAUUGGUUUGGGAAGAUGGAUUCUGCAACUUUGGUGCCUCCUCAGCAGCUCAUGAGAUCAACUCCAGUUCUGAUCAGUGCCCUGCAGGACCUUCAUCAAUGUAUGGCAACUCAUGUGAUCAAUUUCAACAAAACAAUGGCUUGCAACCUGAGCUUUUCUUCAAGAUGUCCCAUGAGAUCUACAACUACGGAGAAGGGUUGAUAGGGAAAGUGGCGGUAGAUCAUAGUCAUAAGUGGAUACACAACGAACCAAAUGAUCAAGAAAUCAACUUCUUAUCAACAUGGCACAACUCAGCAGACACGCACCCUAGAACAUGGGAAGCCCAGUUCCAGUCUGGCAUAAAGACCAUAGCCCUGAUAGCAGUUAGAGAAGGUGUUAUUCAGUUAGGAGCUGUUCACAAGGUGAUUGAAGACUUGAGCUAUGUAGUUCUACUAAGAAAGAAGUUCGGCUACAUCGAAAGCAUCCCCGGAGUGCUUCUCCCACACCCAUCAUCUCCACCCUUCCCCUUCAAGCCUGAUCCUCAUCAUCAUCAUGGCUAUACAUAUGGUCUCACCCCAGAUCACCAUCAUCAUGCAUGGCAUCUCCAAGCAGGGACAAACCCUCUUGCACCACCUCCAACUCAUGACUUCAUGUAUGAUCAUCACCAAUAUCUCAACCCUAAUCAAGUGGUUCCUUUGAAAAACAUAACCCCCUCCAUGAGCAGCCUUGAAGCCCUCCUCUCUAAGCUUCCGUCGGUCGUGCCGACGAAUCACGAUCAUCAUCCUCAGCCGCAUGAUCAAUCCCAGUUUUUAUUAUCUCAUGGUCAUGGACCUGUGGAUUUUAUGGCAAUGACGGACCAGAAAGUGGCCAAGGAGGAAACUAGUGACAAUGAUGAUCAUGUUCGUAACGAAGAAUAUAGGCCGUCCGAUGAUCAAAACAACGUCGGUGAAACCAGCACUUCUGUGUCUGCUUAUGCCCAUCAACAGCAACAGUAUUUUCAUCACCACUAAUUAUUAAUUAAGCGAUAACCAGUAGUUUUUAAUUAAUUUCAUUUGGUCGUCGGCUUCAUCAUAUAUAGAAUGAAGAUUGAUUAUUUCUAACAUUGUAUAAUUAGCGAGCUCUCUUAUAUAUAAUCCUAUAUUAAAACUCAAAAUUUUUAAACUUUUUU